AUGCGAAUGUCCUCCACAUUCUCCCGCACACUCCUCCCUCUCACGCUCUCUCUCAAUCUCAACCCAUCCAUCGCAGCCCGCGCAGCAACACACCUCUCAGCGCAUUCCAGAACUCUUGCAUUCUCACCCCCCAUCUUCCACCUCCAGUGCCCGACAUCUCUCCACUCAUACUCGACCAUGUCCGAAAAAUCAAACGCAAAAACUCAACCCCAACAACAAACCCAAGGCCAAGAGCAGCUGCAAGAGCAGCAGCAGCAGCAGCAGCAACCCUACCUGGCCCUCCCCGAAUCCAGCUCCUCCGGUACAAACCAACUCGAUCUCAGCCAGCCGAGCUCAACGGUGACUCUGGACCACCUGGGGCCUAUGGUGGUGAAUACGGACGGGACGCUCUCGCGGAUCGCGAACUGGGAAGGGAUGACAGAGAUUGAGAGGAAGACUACGCUGCGGGUGCUGGGGAAGAGGAAUAAGCAGAGGUUGGAGGCGUUGAAGGCUGCUGGUGUUGGUGUUGAUGGGCAGGCGUCAUAG